AUGGAGUUGGGAAAUUGGUUCAAACAUACUUAUGCAAUGUCUUUUGUGCUUCUUCUGCAUAUCAUAGCUUCCUUAUCCCUCGGCCUCAACCAUUCUAACAUGACGGGGACGUGCGUGGAGAGGGAGAGGGAUGCAUUGCUUGCUAUCAAAGGCGACCUGGUGGAUGACUACAAGUUCUACAACAACCCGCUGUCUUCGUGGGGAAGCAAAGACUGUUGCGCAUGGGAAAGAGUCCAAUGUGAUCACCAAACUGGCCAUGUUAUUCAACUACAACUUGGAGGACUGGAGGUGAUCUCUCCGCGAGGUAAGUAUAUGCGGAAUGUUUUGCAUGGUGAAGUAAGUCCUAAAAUCAUUGAGUUGCAGUAUUUGGAAUAUUUGGACCUGAGCUUCAAUUUCUUCAAUGCCAGCCAAAUUCCAGUACUCAUUUGCUCUCUGUCCAAUUUAAGACACCUAAAUUUACAUUCCAAUCUCCUCAUUGGGAGCAAAAUUCCAGAGCUUGUUGGUAAUCUUACAAAAUUAAGAUAUCUAGAUCUCUCUUAUAAUGGCUUGAUGACUAACAAAAUUCCAGUGCUCAUUUGUCCUCCGUCCAAUUUAAGAUACCUAGAUCUUGGUUACAAUUACCUCAUGGGGAGUGAAAUUUCAAAGCUCAUUGGUAACCUUACCAAUUUAAGAUAUCUAGAUCUCUCUAGUAAUGCCUUGGGUGGUGAAACUCCAUAUCUUCAGCUUGGAAACCUUACUUAUUUGCAGUAUCUCAAUCUCGGUUACCAAUCCAACUUUCGUACUAAUGUUAUUGGAAACUUGAAGUUAAGUUGGCUUCUACAUCUUUCUUCUUUGAAAUACCUGGACCUGAGUUGGGCCAAUCUGAGUAAGUCUUCUGAUUGGGUGGAAACAAUAAGCAAGCUCCCCAAUCUAAGAAACCUGACACUACGAGGAUGUGAUCUUCCAUCUCCAAUUCUUUCCACUCUUUCUCACAUCAAUUCUUCCAACUCUCUUGUUAGUGUUGAUUUGUCAGGAAAUUCUAUUGCUAGUCCCUCAACUUUCAAAUGGUUACGCAAUUACAAUACCACCCUUUAUUAUCUGGACCUCUCUUUCAACCAACUAAGUGGUUUGAGUGGUUUGGAUCCCAAUACUUUCGCGAACAUGAGCUCACUCGAAGUUCUUGUCCUCUCUGAUAAUCCACUUGAAGGAGAGAUCCCAACAUUCAUUUCCCAGUUAUGCAGUUUGCGAUAUCUGUCCAUUUCACGUUGCAAUCUGACUGGACAACUCUCCAAGUCCGUUCAAAGAUGGUCCGCAUGUCCUCAAAUCUCACUCCAGAAUUUGUAUCUUUCCGACAAUCAUCUUGCUGGCCCAUUUCCCAAUCUUACCUACUUUUCAUUGUUGGAGGUUUUAUACCUCUCUACAAAUAAGUUAAGUGGAAGGAUUCUAGACAGUAUUCGUUAG